UGCCGAUGGAACUCUACCAAGUCUCCUCUUGCGAGCAGGAUGGGUGGAUUGCGGCGCAUCUCCAGCCUAGCGAGGAGUUCCUUGAGAACGUUCAAGCUGUUGUGCAACGAAUCUGCAAUUUCUUGAAACGUAAUUUCUCCAUAGAUGCCAGAGUAACCAAACUGGUAAAGAAUCUCAAAAAAGUUUACCCAUCAUCAUCCUUGCCCUCCAAAUUUGUCCUGGAGUUGCUGACAAUCUACACCUGGGAGGAAGAAACUAAAAAAGCAGAAGAAUUCAACAUGGCAGAAGGGUUUUGCACAGUGAUGAAAUUGCUAGUGCAGUACAAAGACCUCUGCUUCUACUGGACUGAGUAAUACAGUCUUGAGGAUCCUACAAUUGGGGCACAUGUAAAAGAAAAGCUGAGGGGGACAUGUCCUGUGAUCAUGGAUCUAGCAGAUCCAACAAGAAAUUUAGGCACCGAGAAUGGUUGGGAUCUGUUGGCCAACGAAGUUUCUACCCGCCAAAACCAGUUAUACUGCAAGAAAGAUGAUGUUCCUGUUCAGCCCUGGGUUGUGCAGCCAGCCAGAGCCAUUCAAGUGAAGUUGAAACAAUGGAAAGGAGCAAGCCAGAAUAUGUCAUGCAGUCCCUAUGAUACCAUCAGGCAGAUCAAAGAGAACUUUGGACUAGAAGAGCAUGUCUCCAUAUAUGAGAAGCACACAGCCUUGCAGCAGCCUGAUGUAGAGAAUACAGUACUGCGGAAUGACAGGACAUUAGCAGAUUAUGGGGUGUUCUACAAUACUACCAUCCUGUAAUUCCAUUCUAAGCAGCAGUAGCUAGAAGUCUGCAUGAGAACCUUGAACAGCAGAACUUCAGUUUAUAGAAUCUUGCCAGUGACAGCAUUCUGAAACUGACAAAACUCCCCUCAAAUUUGCACAACCAUACUGGAAUUCCGAAUUCUGGAAGCCUGGUAAAAAUCACUGUUGGGAUAAAAAGGAGGAGUAACGUAUGAUUUCAGGAACAAAUUUCUUGUGCUUCUGUCUCCAAAAAGUGUGAGGAUAUUCCAAUGAGUUGACCAUGGAGGGUGGCUUUGAAAGCCUCCCACCAUGUUGAUUGGGAGGUUUCAUCUGGUAAGUUUUCAUUAAAGAACUGUUUAAUACUGGUCGCUAUUUGUCAUUUUACAUUGUCACAUCUUAGGAUAGCUGUGUUCAAGGACCAUUUACGUGCUGCCUUAAUGUGUUCAAAUGAAGUGAGAGCGCAUGGAGCAUGGUCUGUCCAAACUUUGCAUUCUAGGUCAGCUGAUUUAAUUUUUUCUACCAAUGAGUAUGAUGCCAGAAUGUUGUCUAUUCGUGAAUAUGACUGGAAUCUGUUUGAAAAAAAGCUGUAAACUUUUGUAUGUGGAUUUUUAAGUCUCCAGAUGUCAAUUAAAGCAAAAUUGUCUAAUAAAAGCUUCAAUUGUGUGAAACGA